CAGCAACUGUCAGUGAAUGUGAUUUUUUGUUUGCGACAAAGAGGAUUGUUUUCUAUUACACUUUUCUACAAUUUAUAGAGAAAUUACACCUUAAAAUCAAACAAAAUGGAUUCAGAGAAUGAGUUCAAGCACUCUUACAUGAUGGAAAGUGUUAUGGUUUCGGCGGGAGAUGAUAUUGGUUCAGACACUGUGGAUAAUUCAGAUGAUUCUGACGGCAAUAAAUCGUGUAAGCCCUUACGAGAGCAAGAUCGUUUCCUGCCCAUUGCCAAUGUGGCUAAAAUCAUGAAAAGAGCUAUUCCGGAGAAUGGGAAGAUUGCAAAGGAUGCACGGGAAUGUGUCCAGGAGUGUGUGUCAGAGUUCAUCUCCUUCAUCACAUCGGAAGCCAGCGACAGGUGUCACAUGGAGAAGAGGAAAACAAUUAAUGGUGAGGACAUUCUAUUUGCAAUGAGUAGCCUCGGAUUCGACAACUACGUGGAUCCCCUGAAGCUCUACCUGCAGAAGUACAGAGAAACCACCAAGAUGGACAAAAACACACCAAGCACUCCUCCUCCCCAGACCACCUUUGAGAUCAUAGCCCUCAACGACGACUACAGUAAGAACCGGCGAGCCUCAAUUCGGAAAUCUCCCGAAAUUCCUAAAAUGCCAAAUUCUCUUGCAGAUAACACUCAGAACAAUCAACGAAAGACAGAGAUUUUCGAUCCAUCCGUCAGCAAUACAGUCCUCUACUACCAAAGUGAUCAUCAACAAUUUCAAUUGUAAAAUUCUACACGACCAAGAGAAUCAAAUUCCGGAAAUCUUCAGAUAUCUUCUUACACCUUGGAAAAUGAGUAUUUAUUUGCGUCCUGAGCUAGGUAACGUUAAAUUUUUUGUUUCUAAAA